GCGGUUAGUUCAGAUAAAUAUUCGCAUUGCAGCGCAAUAGAAACGAACGUCGCUUCUUGUCUCCAGACUAUGCUUGUGUCUGUCUGUUCGCUACAUCUCAAGUGAAACGAAAAUAUAGCAAAAUAUACAGAAAAUCAAACAGCAACAAUUUUUUAAAUAAACGAAAUAAUGUCGAAAAUUGCAACAUAAUCGCCAAAACAUUUAAAUUUUAAAAUUAGUGAUUUAACAAUUAAGAAAAAAUUGCAAUUUAAAUUACAAAAUAAGUUUAUAAAAUAAUAAAUAUCUUAUAAAACAAAAUGACAAAACAGUCUACACAACGAAUAAGGCCAAAAUGGUCACUGCCAUUGAUCCAGAUCUUAGUUUUACUCUUCUCUUGCUGCCUUACAUGGCUGCCGCAGCACAGCCAUGCUUAUAAUAUUGACCUGCCUAGUUAUAUAAGACACAUACGUGAACCAAAUACCAUGUUUGGAUUCAGUAUAGCGUUCCAUAAAGGCAGAACUGGAUAUCCCCCUUCAAAUUCAUUGAUCGUUGGUGCGCCCAAAUUUGAUACCUCAUCUUCUCAGCAAGGCGUGUUGGAAGCUGGGGCUGUGUUCAAGUGUGGUAUGAACGAUGGGGACUGUAACUUAGUUAAAUUCGAUUCUACAGGAAAUCAUCGAAAUACUCAAGGCGACGUGAUUGAUCGCAAAUCUUUCCAGUGGUUGGGCGCUACAGUAUCUACAAGCAGAAAUAAUGAUUUGAUAGUGGCCUGUGCACCACGUUAUGUGUUCCAUACAAUGACACCAAUAAAAUCGAUGCGGUAUGAUCCAGUUGGUACGUGCUUCACAUCCAGAAAUUUUUCUCAAUUUAAUGAAAUUUCACCUUGCCGCACAAAUAACUGGGGCUACCACAGGCAAGGUUCAUGUCAAGCAGGGUUUAGUGCAGCUGCAAGUCAAAACGGGGAUCGCUUGUUUAUUGGUGCACCUGGAAGCUGGUAUUGGCAAGGACAAGUCUACUCCAUAUCGCCAGAUGCAACAUUCCCAUACAAGCCGCCUUAUUAUCAGCCUUUCGGCACCGGAGGUCAAACGUAUUCCUACGAUGUAACACGCCCUGAAAAUCAAGUCUACUCUACUGCAGAAAGUAGCUCACACGAUGAUGAUUCAUAUCUAGGUUAUUCUAUGACAACAGGCGACUUUAACGGUGAUCGUAUAGACGAUGUCGCGGUUGGUAUGCCACGCGGUGCUGGGUUGUUAGGAAAAAUUGUUGUGAAUAGUUGGAAUAUGGCCAACAUUGUAAAUAUUACCGGCAGACAAAUAGGAGAAUAUUUUGGUUAUGCGUUGGCCACUUCCGACGUAGACGGUGAUGGACUGGAUGAUCUUAUUAUUGGUGCACCCAUGUUUAGCGAACCUGGAAAUGUGGAGGGAAAAUAUGAUGUUGGGCGAGUUUAUAUAUUACUGCAAACGAGCAGAAAUGAUGCUGAUCGGUUUACUGCAGAACACAUAAGAGAUGGAUAUAAUACUAAGGGACGUUUUGGUUUAUCACUCUGUUCAUUAGGUGAUAUUAACCGCGAUAGCUUUGGUGAUUUCGCUGUUGGUGCACCAUACGAUGGGCCAGAAGGACGCGGUGUGGUAUAUAUUUUCCAUGGAUCAAGAAAUGGUCCACUAUUAAAACCAUCACAGGUUAUUAAGUCUGAAGAUAUUGUUGAAGGUGCACCCUAUCCUCGCACUUUUGGAUUUGCUUUAGCUGGUGGAUUAGAUAUGGAUGGUAACACGUACCCAGACUUAGCCGUUGGUGCUUACGCUUCCGAUCAAGUUUAUAUAUUUAAAUCAAGACCAGUUGCUGGCGUUAACGCAGAAACCACCUUUGUAAAUCCCUCUAAACUAAUUAAUUUGGAAGAAAAGAAUUGUCAAACUUAUCGUGAUGGAAAACAUGUUUCCUGUACGGAUAUCAAAACGUGUUGGAGUUUUACUGGGGAAAAUCUACCAAGAACAUUAGAUUUCGAUGUGUCUUGGGUUUUGGAUGCUAAAAAAUUAAAAAAUCCACGCAUGUUUUUCCUGCUCGAUGAAGGAAAAAACAUUAGAAACCAAUCAAUCACUUUGACAUACGGUAAAACUUAUUGUCGAAAUGAAACUGUCUAUCUCAUUGACAAUGUUCAGGACAAAUUAACUCCGUUGGAAGUAGAAAUGCGCUACAAUCUACGCAGUGCUCGUCGUUUAGCACCAGUUGCAAGAAGGAAACGAGACGUUCUUGAACCUGUUAUUGAUCAAAAUCGUGAAAUUAUAUUGCGUGAUGCCAUACACAUUCAAAAGAAUUGUGGUGCUGAUAAUAUUUGUGAACCAGACCUGCGUUUAGAAAUUAAAACUGUGGAUAAAUAUCUUCUUGGGUCGCGAGAGCCUUUGGUCAUUGAUGUUUUAAUUACUAAUGAAAAUGAAGAUGCUUUCGAAGCCGCUUUUUACAUGGUCAUGCCCAAAGAUCUAGACUUUAAAAAAAUAACACAAAUUGGGGACAAAGCUGAUACACCAAUCACAUGUACUGCACCUUCUGAAGUUAAUAAUUACACAUUGAAAUGUGACAUUGGCAAUCCGCUGCAAGGUAAAAAGGUGGCUAACUUCAAAGUAAUUAUGCUUCCCUCACAUAAAAUGGGUAUGGCGCCGAGUUAUGACUUCUUCAUGGAAGCCAAUUCAACUAACAUGGAAAAGCCUGGCUCCCAUUUUGAUAAUAUAAUACGAAAGAGCAUUGGAAUUUGGGUUGAGACCAAUCUUUCAAUUGAAGGCACAUCAUUGCCCGAUUCUGAAUUGUAUAAGGCAUCUGAAUUCAAAACAAUAAAAAAUGCAACGAAAGAAGAAGAUCUUGGUCCGCAAGUCGUUCAUUUAUAUAAUAUUCGCAACAAUGGACCAUCAACUGUUGAAGAGGCUGUAGUUCUUAUACACUAUCCUCAUGAAACCGCGGCUGGAGAUUUGCUAAUGUAUAUGACAAAUCAACCAGAAACUGAUGGCAAUAUACAGUGUGAUCCACAUGUGUAUGUGAACUCUCUCAAUUUAAAACUUGAUCAAAAUUUAGUACGCAAAUCGUACUUAGAACAAAUCGGCGCUGUCAUCCGUACUCGUACCUCUGCCUCUACAAGUCAUAUUGAAAAAUCACCGGGAUCUACCGCGGGAGGAACAACGGCUGUUAAUAUAGGACGUACAACCAAUGUUUUGAGCGUAGAAGAAAAAAAACGUUUAGAAAAAGAAGAUGAGCAGGAUGUUCCCGGUGAUGCCUCAUUUGUUCACAUACAGCGGGCAAAUGAAGCAGCUAGUUCCGGUGUGAUAAUUGGUGGUGGCGCUGGCGACGACAGCGUGGUUGAUAGUAGGGUAUGGUCGUGGAAUUCUACAUCCGAUGGUAGUGGCCCAAAAGUGAUAGUUUCAACAAAAAAUACAACUGUAUACUAUGAUAGCAGUGGGCGACCACAUACGGUAGAAACUAGCACUGAGUACGUACAGAAUCUUGAUCGUUCUGCAGCCUACUACGACCAACAGCAAUCAGCAAAAUAUCAAAAUACUGGUACUAACAGUGAUAACAUUGCUGGAGGUAGCUCUUCAAUAAUAAAUCAAAAUCUUAACUCACAACAACAACAACAAAUUCAACAAAGUGGCGCGCAUAAUGCGAAUAUUCAUAUUGAGCGUCCUGGUCCAACAACGACUUACCAUCAAACCUACGGAAGUUAUGGUAGUCCAAGUGUAUCAUCUUCAAAUAUACACCGAGUACAGCAGCAAUAUAAUCCACAAACAAUUGGUAAUGCGGCCUCCUACAAUGACUUUAGUGGUAGCAACUUAAAUGCAGAUAAAUUAAAUGUCGGAGGUCAAGGCUUUCAGGCUGGAGUACUUGAUUUAGGUACACUUAAUAGAGGCAAUGUGGACAAUGAACUACGUAAUCGUGGUGCACAAACCAAUUCCGGUGCCUACGGUUACCACCAGUCUUACGUCAGUCCAGGUUACAAACCACAAAACGGGGCUACUUAUCAACAAUCUUCAUCAACUUUCAACAGUGGUUCUAAACCUUAUUAUGGCUUGGAAAAUGGAGAUUAUUAUGAAGAUGAAAACGGUAUACAAAACAAUCAACAACAGUGGUCCACUGCGUCCUCGUCUGCCCACCAUGAACGUUUCCGUCGAGAAGUCGUAGAGACGCAACCAACGCAACUCGAUCUAAAUUCGCCAUGUAAAACAGCUAAAUGCGAAACAUUACGUUGCGUAGCUAAGAACCUUGGCAAAGAUGACGGUGUUUGGGUAGCGAUACGAACUAGAAUGGUGGCUAAAACAAUGGAAAAGUUGGCUUCUAAUCUACCUCUAAAUGUAUCCACAAUGGCGGUAUCAUAUGUUACUCGUUUACCAUACAUUGGAAAACCUGAAGAUGAUAUAAUAAAAUCUCAUGAAAUAUUUUAUAAAGCUGUGCCAGAACCAGAGCCUGUACCUGAUGUUGUUCCUCUAUGGGUGGUCGUCUUAGCCGCAUGUGCAGGAGCAUUAAUUUUAUUAUUAUUAGUAUUUUUGUUGUACAAGUGUGGCUUCUUUAAUCGUAAUCGACCCACUGAUCACUCUAUGGAGCGACAACCAUUACGUAAUGGGUAUCACGGAGAUGAACAUCUCUAAAUCAAACACUGUUGAACGGUGCAUUUUACGAAUUUCAUUUAAAUAUUGUAAAAUACAAUUGCUUCUAUUGUGUGAAAAACUAUACUUUUGAGAUUAAGAUAACGUUAUAGCUACUCUAUAACUCUAAGCCAACAAAGCCAAGAAAGCCAAGGUGCUCUUUUCUAAAAAGUGCUCCACGCUGAAGAUAAUGUGUAAUUCUUUUUAUUUUACUUUUUUAACAACGACACGAAAUUUUUAUUUUAAUAUUUUUAAUGUUAACGUUAUUUUGCCUAGUCACGAAAUUUGUAUCUUUAAUUAAGUUUAAACGGUUUAUAAAUAAUAAAUUAAUGUUUCUAAUUAACAAAAACU